AUGUUGUUACCGCGCUCCCUUCUCGUGGGCAUUGUCUUUUGCCUCAGUGGAAUUGAUAUCGCAUCCGCUGCUAGCGCAAACCUUCCCAUUGCAGCACAAUCGCCUGAAGUUGAUUCUGAUCUGUCGGCCAUCUACUAUGGUUCUUCAUUCCAGAAGUCCCUGCUUGUGGGCAACGAUGGAGGUGCUGCUACUGGUGGCAUCCGAUCUUUUAGCCUGACUGAUAUGAAAGAAGUCGCCAGCCGCACCCCUGGUCGUACCAAGGUUACUGGUGUUAUGUAUGAUGUUGGGGACAAGGAUAUCAUUCUGUCCAUUGGUGCCCCUGAUUCACUCAUUCGUGUCUUUGACAUCGAUGGCACCAAAGAGAUUACCUCGGCCCAAAAGAAAGCCCUCGGAGACUGGUCUUCUUUGUGUACAUGGCGCAGCCCCAGCAGUGGCGGACACUACUUCUUCCUGUUUGGCAAGAAGGAGGGAAUUCAAUUCCUUGUCCGUGAGGACGAUGAUGACAUUGAGAUCCUUGAGGUGCAAACAUUCGAGGUCCCCGUGUCAGAUGCUUGUGCUGUUUCUCCCACUAGCGGUACUGUCUACCUGGCAGGAGAAGACAAGACCAUCUACACUUUCCAGGCCAAAGAAUCCACAACCGCCCCCAAGGUUACGGUCCUUGGAGACGUUGAUGAUGAUGUGACAGGACUAUCUGUCUACGCUGGUCCUGAGUCCGACUACUUGUUUGUGGCCAAGAAAGACGUUGUCGAUGUUUUCUCACCCAAGCUGGAACUCAAGGGUAGCCUGACCCUUACCGGCGCCAAAGAUAUCGAGGUCACUGGCAUGUCUCUUUACCAGAGUUCCUCUACCAAGUACCCCGAUGGACUUCUGGGCUACUCUCUUGAAACUGAUGCUGGCAAGGGCUAUGGCAUUAGCUCCUUGGAGCCUGUUUUCAGUGAGCUCGGACUCGAGCCUAACACUACAUACUCCCCACGCAACAUCAAGUCUUCCCUACAGGGCCCCAAGAAGAAUGGCUUCAAGAAGUCAGAUGGCUCUCUCGCUUGUUUUGCCGGAUUUGAAGACGACGAUUGUGAUGAUUACACAUGCAAGAACGACUGCUCAAACCAUGGCAAGUGCGUUGGACCCAAUGUAUGCAAAUGUGAGGAUUUCUGGGCCGGUCCUGAGUGCGCCUGGAUUGGGGUUGAGCCCAAAUAUGAGACCGAUGCCAACGGCGGUGACGGUGAUGAUCCUGCCAUCUGGAUCUCCCCCAAGGGUGCCGACAAGUCUAAAAUCAUCACUACAACCAAAUCGGAAGUGGGUGCUGGAUUUGCCGUUUUCGAUCUCGAAGGAAAAUUGCUUCAAACUGUUGCUGCUGGAGAGCCCAACAACGUCGAUGUUAUUUACGGCUUCCCCAUCGGUGAUCGCAAAGUUGACCUCGCCUAUGCGGCAUGCCGGGAGGACGAUUCGCUGUGUCUCUUCGAAAUUGUUUCUAAUGGAACCUUGAAAUCCAUUUCCGGUGGCUCCCAGCCCGUGAAAACCGACUUCUCCGUCUACGGCUCCUGCUCCUACCGCUCGCCCGUCAGUGGCAAGCAGUAUCUCUUCGUCAAUGAAAAGUCCGGCCAGUAUCUUCAAUAUGAACUGACUGCCACCGACGGCAAACUUGCCACCACUCUCGUCCGUGAAUUCACCGGUGGUACUGGUGGUCAACCCGAAGGCUGCGUCGCUGAUGAGGACAACGCCUUCAUUUUCCUCGGCGAGGAGCCCUACGGUCUGUGGCGAUACGAUGCCGAGCCCGAUGGAUCAUCCAAGGGAACUCUGGUUGCACGUGCCGGUGACGGUACCCUGUAUGCUGAUGUUGAGGGAGUCACACUUAUUCCAGGAAAAACCAAAGACGAAGGAUUCGUUAUCGUCUCCUGCCAGGGUGUCAGUGCAUACUCUGUCUACCGCCGCGCUGCUCCCCAUGAGCAUGUCACCACUUUCACCAUUCAAACUUCGAAGGAUGGAAGCGUUGAUGCGGUUAGCAACACUGAUGGUGUUACCGCUGUUGGAACUGCUCUGAACGCCGACUUCCCCCACGGUCUGUUGGUCGUGCAUGACGAUUCUAACCAGUUGGCUGAAGGAGGUACUGCCGAAUUGGCUUCUUUCAAACUGGCCAGUAUCGCAGAUGUCCUAGGGCGCGAGGGAGAUAAACUCUUGGCCGAAAUUGAUGCGGAUUGGGAUCCGCGGGCGUAA